AAAUCAACUCUAACUCACAUGACUGACUAAAGAGCUCAUAAGACCUUUUGGAAAUAACCUGUAAAUAACACUUAACCUGUAAAUAUCUUAAUUUACAAGUUACCUCAUCAUAACCUGUAAAAAAAGAUCAAUCAUUCACCAAAAGAAAAUAAAAAAUAAAAAAAAAAUUUGAACGGUAAAGAUUUUUCACUUAUCCCAAAAAGAUAUAUAUUGGAUAAUUAUUACUAUUUAGUAUUUGACUCCCCUUCAUCAUCUUGGUAUAAGGAGAGGAUAUUCAUCAUAGUGGGUUUGAAGAAGGAUAAUUCAUAGAUUUCAUAUAUAUCCAUAUAUUGCAUGCUCAUUCUAUUCAUCGAGGAUAUAUUGCCAUCUCAACUCUAACUUAAAUUGAUUACCAUCAACAUAAUAAUAAUAAUAUCAUAUACAUACAUAUAAACACAUCACACAUCAUGUCUAUGUCUUGGUUAUUUGGAAGUUCCUCAUCAGCCAGCUCUACCACACCUGCAUCAACAUCUAGUACUAAUGACAAUAAUAAUAAUGACAGUUUAAAACAAUCACUUGGAUUUGAUCCUGCUCAAGUGACUGAUGUUUCAAAUAUAUUAAAAACCCCGGGAUUAUUCGAUUCUGCCAGAUUACACCCUUUAGCUGGGUUAGACAAGGGGAUUGAAUAUUUAGAUUUAGAGGAUGAACAAUUGAAUAACGUUGAAGGAUCACAAGGGAUAAUCCCAUCCAGAAGUUGGAGUGAUGAUUUAUGUUAUGGAACUGGAGCUGUUUAUCUUUUAGGAUUAGGAUUUGGAGGACUUUAUGGAGCUCAAGAAGGAUUUAAAAAUAUUCCAAAGGGGGCACCAGCUAAAUUACAAUUAAAUACUAUUUUAAAUCAUAUUACCAAAAGAGGUCCAUUUUUAGGUAAUUCAAGUGGGGUUAUUGCUAUGACUUAUAAUAUCAUCGAUAGUACAUUGGAUGCUAUAAGAGGUAAACAUGAUGAUUUCAAUUCCUUAGGUGCUGGUGCUUUAGCAGGAGCAUUAUUUAGAAGUAGUGCUGGAAUAAAACCAAUGUUUAUUUCUUCAGUAUUAGCUACUGGGGCAGCAGGAAUUUGGUGUGGUGCAAAAAGAUACUUACAAUAUUAGAUUAUUGUUGUGAUCUUUCUUCUUCUCUCUUGAUAUAUACGUUAAUUUAUCUGUACAUAAAUCCUUUCUAUUUAAUCAUUAGUAUUAUUU